AUGGUUGAUAGGAUCAGUGCUUUACCAGACGAACUUCUCUGCCACAUUCUGACGUUUCUACCAACGAAAGACGCGGUUGCCGCCGGCCUUCUUUCAAAGAGAUGGAGACCUCUCUGGCGCUCAGUUUCUGCUCUCGACUUUUCCUUUCAAAGGAUGCAUAGAGACUAUUACGACCAUGACGGUUUAUACUUUAGCAACAUCGUCUACUCAGUUCUUCUCUUUCGCGACCCCGCUACACCCAUAAAAAAGUUCAACCUCGAGCUUCAUGAUGUUCUUCUCAUUGAUAAAACCGUAGCCAAUAUUAGCAAAUGGAUCAACUUUAUGACACAAUGCAGAGUCGGAAUAGAGCACCUCUGUCUCCAUGUCAACGCUCCCUAUCGCUUGGCCCCUAAAUUGCCUAUUAGCAUUCUCAGUUGCAGGACGCUCGUUGUUCUCAAAUUGUGUGGGUUGAAUUUUAAUGGUGUGUUAUCAACUGGACUUCCCUCACUCAAAAUCCUCCAUAUCAAAAAUGUUGAAUUCACAAGUGCUGUACUGCUCAAAGAGUUUCUAGCUGGAUGCCCAAUUCUUGAGAAUUUGAAAUCUGGUCGUAUAAGGAUCACCGGUAAGUCCUCCACUUAUCGUCGAAAGCUCGCAAGCUUAUGCUUACCCAACUUGCAAAGAGCAGAUAUCGUUCAUAGUAGGCUUCCACUGCAACCAUUUUCUAGUGUGACCUUCCUGCGCGCAGACAUAGAAAAGGUUUGA